AUGGAGAAGGAAGAGGAAACGUACCAGGAGCUCUACCUGGACCAUUGCACCGGCCAGGAGGAUCUCACCCCACCUGAGUCACCCCUGCUCAGUUCAGUUGUGCCAUACGAUGUGUACAUGCCUAAUCCAUCUAAUCUAGAGACUGCAUUGCAUCCAUAUCUGGAAGAAACUCAAACAGCUGGCGAUUUCUUAUCAGUGGAUCUCAGCUUCCUACCAGAUGAACUUACCCAAGAAAAUAAAGACCAGACUGACACAAGAAGCAAGCAUGAAAUUGAACAUUGUAAAACUCACACUCAGCCAAGUAAAUUGCUGUCAGCCAGAAAACAAGAUGAUAGCCUGGACUUAAACUGUAGCAGUUUGUCAAAUUCUCAUUCAUAUCUGCACACUGGUGAUGUUGAUUCAGUUCAGCUCUCUCCUGAAGAAGCAAGCUCCUCCCCUUUGGCAUCUUUAACUCCCAUGACACCAAUAAACCCUGUUUCAGAAUGUUCUAGAAUUGUGCCUCAACUACAGAAUAUUGUCUCUACUGUAAACCUGACAUGUAAAUUGGAUCUGAAGAAAAUAGCUUUGCAUGCCAAGAAUGCAGAAUAUAACCCAAAGAGGUUUGCUGCUGUCAUAAUGAGGAUCCGAGAACCCAGGACAACAGCCCUCAUAUUUAGCUCCGGGAAAAUGGUUUGCACAGGAGCCAAAAGUGAAGAGGAAUCCCGUCUUGCUGCACGAAAGUAUGCCCGUGUGGUUCAGAAGCUUGGCUUCCCAGCCCGAUUCCUCGAUUUUAAAAUCCAGAACAUGGUUGCAAGCUGUGAUGUGCGAUUCCCCAUCAGGUUGGAAGGUUUGGUGCUGACCCACCAACAGUUCAGUAGGUCAGAUUGA